AAAAAGAUAAGGCUGAUGUGGCUUCCUCUCUAGAUAUUGUAAAUUUAUUUGUCUUUAUUUUUAAACAGUAGAAAGCGCUCAUUCGUGGGAGAAGGGGUUACUCCCUUUUAAGUUACGUAAGCUAUAUCAAGUAUGUGUUUCCCCCAGGGGUAAUGCGUUUUGAGCCCUUUCGUUCUUAAAUAAGGUGUGUUUCUGAGAGUCGAGAAAUAGGGGAUAAACUUAGCGUUGGACUGAGUAGAGGGAAACGUCUUAUGGUGCGAAGAAUAGGGAGCUUCGAAAAACUGUGAUCGAGUAUUCGAAAAAUCAGAAGACGCAACAUAGAACUGGCCAUGUAUCAUGUAGAUUGGUGACAAAGCCCCUGCACUAAUUACGCCCGAUUUACCCUUGGCUUGAGUCCCGGGCAUAGCUAGAGUUAGCAUAAAAGUGGGUGCAUUGUAAAGUUGCAUUUAGAGCAGAAGUAGAAGUAGAAGCAGAAGUUGCUAAAGGGUUUUCUUUUUUUAAAAAAUGGAAUUCAAAAAUGUGACACUGCUGCUUCUGGUUGUUUCCCGCUGCGGCCGGAAACCUUGAACUGUGGCUGUGCGGGUCAGUGUGCCCCAGUUCGACCAGAAAGGCAGACCUUUGUCAACAUCACUAACAAGCUUAAAAUCCCGCAUCCCGUAAGACCUGUUGCAUCACAAACCUGACAGCCCAGGAAACAAAAAGAGAUUGAUCAACGCCCGUUUUUAAUAUAUUUCUAUUGUUCCCCUGCACGGAAAAUAACUCCUUGUCUUUACGAGGAGUGAAAAAGUUUACCUUUGGUCAUGAACUGUGAACUUAAUUCUCAGCUAUUCUUUCAUGAGGUAAACUAACAUACAAUACUCAGCAGGAAAUUAAAUUUGUUUAUUUCGAUAAGAUACGAAAGCAAGCUAUUACCACGUGGAAAAACAUUUUCCUGUAACAUCUUUCCACUGAAGCUCCAGUUAGCCAUAGCUUCGACUUUAUCAGUUCUACCAAAUAAGUCGGACCUUAGGCACAUUAGAAAGACAGAACUUAUUCAAACAGGAUUUCUAGCGAAUUGGGAGGCACGCAUCUCAUUGGAUGACAUUUAUAGCUCAAUAAUUGAUAUUUACAAAAGGAAUCCCUGCCAAGCGACUACAGGGCUAAUCCACCCAAAAUAUACUUUCUUGACAUGACAAUUACAAGUUAAGGUAGUAAAACAUACAAAGGCCCCUAGACUAACUGGCCAUAUGUUUUCACAAGGGUUUUAUCGCCUCCAGAUCAGGGUCUUGUUAUCUACAAAAGUGGAGGCCAUCUGCUAGUUUCACAUCCCCCAAAGCUAACACACUAGCGAUGUUAACUUCACUUAAAGGCAAGACCGUAUCAGUUUUAUUGCUACCUUAAGCACAGUAAGCACUGAAAAAUAAAUACGAAUUACGCAAUGCAAUGUUAAUGAGAAAGACACAUCUAAGUAGGAUGAUGUUUUGAAGACAUUUUAAAAGACAACGGGAAACAGUGCCAUUUCAAAAAUCUUUUAAAAUUACGCUCGGCGUGAAAGGAUAGAAAAAAUGUAAAGCUUCUUAGGCUUGAAGGAUUUCGGAUUUCCGUGACUCAUUCAGCUCAUUAUCUUAAGUCUUAAUCUUGCCAGUUAUUUUACCCGCUGAACUGAUUUCGUAAAGUGAAGUCAUAACACGUUAAGUAUUUAUGCAAUGCAAUGCACGCGUUUACAUUAGUUUCUUAGGAAAUUCAGAAUGUGUUUUCUACAUGAGCGAAUCGAAUAUUAGUUUGAAAAUUAAGAUUUAAACAGAAGAAAAAUUACGAUGAUUGUUGAAAAAUAGGCAAGUUGAAGAACAUUUAAGCUCGCGCUUAUAAGAAAGAUGAUUACAUAUCCAUUAACAGCUCAACACUUUAGUAAUUUAUCACAUACUUAAGUCAAUCAGCAAGAACGUGAAGACCACACAACAAAAGCACUGAUCACUAAUUUCAGAUAAUGUUCCGUUGUAAUGUGCCUGACUCUCUGUAGUUUAGUUUUACACAAAUUCUCGAACCUUCUACCUCGUUAAGGUACGUGAGGAACACGAGUCUACGUGACUAGCUUAACAAACGUUUUAUUUCGCACCUGAACAGCGCGCUACCCGUGUAAAGAAGACCUAGUCAAACAAAAGCGUUAGCUACAUUCCUCCAGCACGUAAAUGUAAAUUAAACUGCUGUGGAAAACUUUCGUCGGAAUACGCAACGGCAAACGCGCUUAAAAGCAAAAUUACGCCCUUGGAUCGUUUCGUGAGAUUAGGCAAAAUUCCUCUCCUGUUGGAGUCGCCCGAUACGCGUUUGAAGGGGACUCAAAGUUUGUUAACGCGGGGGGCUGUACUGGAGUUAACAGCGUGAAAAUGUGGAAUUAAAACCACGUGUGAGCUCUCACGUUAUCUUCGUUUUCCCUUUACUGUUGUCGUUGCACUGUUCCCUCGGGGUUUUAAGUCACCAAAGUGACGCAAACUGCUCGAAUAGUGUGCACGAUGCUGCGAUACAAGCGAAGAUAAACUGUAAUUGCUGUUGACAAUGCCCAUUGGUUUGCGUGUUUUAUUAGUCGUCCAACUGUCACUGCAGUAUAUAAACACCGAGGUCAUCUUAAAAUUACUGCUAUUGUGUCCUCACUGCUGCACUACUUUAACUCUCCACACUCUGGUGGUCACGGUAAAUGUUACCCAAUUGACCGAUUUCAAGCCUUAAAAGAAUCACUGCCGCUAGCUCUUGAGGCCGCCGAUUUAAAUCUUUUGAUAUUUCCCAGAUUGUUCCGUGCCCGUACAGUCGUACGUCCGUUUUGCGGUUGUCCUUAAGCCCCAGCGUGGCUGACGAAGGCAAAACCAAAAUGAGCACAUCCUAACCGCUUUGCUCUCACAGGAGUACAAACCGUGCUGGCAAAACAAGAACUUCACGCGGCUGGUAUUAUGCAGUGAUAAUGGCCUUCUACUGUUCAGCGCCACAGGACGUUAUCGGCUUCUCGUAAUCCCACAAGGAAAUGAGUUAAAUCACUUCCAUCGCAUGCCAGAGAUCUUUUUGAAGCCCAAGACUCCAGUUCAACGUUUCCGGGACGUUUUGCCGAUUUUCUUAUCGCCAACCUACACGAAAGCAGCGAAAAGCAGUGCGACAAAACUAAGCCAUAAUUCCAUGUCGGCCAACACCAGCCGAGCCGAGUGUAAAUUGUAAUUGACUGUCAAAUUAGGUUGUUUGUAAGUCACAGCUUGAAAUGACUGACAUUGGUGUUUCUGUUUAACUAGUAAUACCGCCCACAUCAUCCGAUUCAUAUAUAGAGGCUAUUUAAAUGGAAUGCCUGUGACGCCACUACGCAAACUGAAUCUUGAAUACGGCGCAAACCUUUCUCAUUGAUUUGAAAUCGUACCAUAUGCUACCGUAAGGCACAGGAGCCAUGUUUGUUCACCGAAUCUCUCUUGGUUUUAUGCUCGUUCACGUUGUCUACCUUUCCGCCAUACCUGUUUUCCCAGUCGACGACAAAAAGAGAACUCCUGUACUUGCCGCUAACUCGGAACCUCUCGAGCCCUGGGAAGUGAAUCAAGAAUUGAUUGACCGUAAAGGUGAGGCGGCGUCUUUUGACGGUUGGACUCUUUACGAGGGAGACAUCGUUUUAGACAUGAGAACACGCCUUCUGAUCCGUGGAGGACAUCUCCGAAGAAAGCGAGCCGUUAAAAAAUUACAGAGCUCGCGAUGGCCAAACGGAGAGAUUCCUUACGUCGUAGACAGAGACUUAGCCAUGAAAACGAAGAAAGAAAUCAGAAAAGCCCUGAGACACUGGAAGAAAAAGACGUGUCUGCAUUUCCGGCACAAGAGAGACAGCGAUGUAGAUUAUAUUCGCUUUGUUUACGAACCUGGAUGUUGGUCGUAUGUCGGUCGAGCAGGAAGUGAGCAGAAGGUUUCAAUAGGUCCUGGAUGUGAGUUCAUGGGAACCAUAAUCCACGAGAUUGGUCAUGCUGUUGGUUUUUGGCACGAGCAGAGCAGACAGGAUCGCGAUCACUAUAUUCGGAUACUCAAGGAAAAUAUCCAAACUAACGCAGUUGACCAGUUCAAUAAGAUGCCGAGAAAAGUGAUGGAUUCCAUGGGCUAUGAAUAUGACUAUUUCUCUAUUAUGCAUUACGGGACGAAGUUUUUCAGUUCAAACGGCAAAGCAACCAUUAAAAUUCGCAAGAAAGGGAAAAAGAUCGGAGCCCAGAUUGGUCAGCGCAAGAGUCUAUCUUGGAUUGAUGUUGCACAGGUCCAUGCCAUGUACAACUGUAAUAAAAUUCCUUCAGAGGAAUCAAAAAUCUGCAUCAACAGUACAACAGGAGAUGGACGAGAGUAUCGAGGGCAAUUAAACUACACUGAGAAAGGCGUGAUGUGCCAACCAUGGAAUGAACGAUGGCCGCAUGAUCCAGAGGAGACAAAGAAAUUGAGAAAUCCUACGAGAGAGGGACUGGGCAAACAUAAUUAUUGCCGUAAUCCGCGUGGUAAACGCGCGCGUCCUUGGUGUUACACGACUCUAAAGAGGCCUGUAUGGCAGUACUGUGACAUUGUGGUAUGCAAUCAAACAUUAAAAAUUGGUGAAGAAGACACCUGAAACAUACGCCGUCGACGGCUGAGAUGGUAAAUUGUGCGCGAGCGUUUUAAAAGCACCUUGCUCACACAGCAUGGGUCCUUGUUAACCAUGGUUCCUCGUUAUCUCAUGUGGAUUCUUCAUUCUGAACAACGUAAAAAUGAACGGGAAUACGUUAUACGACAAGGAAAAGGAAGCCACACCGUUGGUAUGAAAGCACCCUUCGGAAAAGGCGCUCACUCAGUCUUCGAAUGCAAAAUCUGCUAUAAAGUCUUAUCGGUAUGUACAGAAAAUAGGGAGAACUCCAUUGACGUCAAAGAAAACAAUUUGUAAACUUAAAGAGACAAAGUUAUAUUUAACACCAAUUUAUGGAGGAAAGCACAGUGUGUGGAAGUGAACACCAUGAACGCACGUUUAUGGAUUAAGCUGCGGUUUGGCUUAGCAAAUGCCCUGCAUGUGUUCUCGCUGACCUUGGUCUUUUAGCAAUGGGAGGAAGAAAUCACUGCAGUUUGUUUCCGGGAAUUUUAACAACUUCUUUAGUAAGGACGCGUUACAAAAACUUUUGAGUUCUUAUAACAUUAAUUUCCUGAGUUUUCCCUAAUGAGUCGCCACUUUCCUCAUUUAGGCAAGCGAGACGCCAAAACUGAAAGUAACGUAGACUGGGUAUUAGCGAUCGAUUCAGCCGGUAAAUUAGGCAUAAAACUGCAAGUUUUAAAUCAUCCAACGAAAUACGUGGCAAUAGCUCUAUUCUUACUUAAUAUUUAAUGAUUCACGUUGUUUCAUCUUGUGGUUUUCACUGACCUCCUAGCUUGCUCCACCCAGCGUAAGCUAUUGUUUAGAGGUUUGUUGUUUUCUUGGACCAAUUUAUGAAUUGUGGGCGGUAUAUAAUAAAGGGUUUUGUUUAGGAAUUUUCCGGCUGAGGAAUAUUUUAAAAGCCAUCACGUACGCUGCGAGAAUUGUUUUUUUCGACACAUUCUUUGGCUAGCUUUAACUGGCAAUUACUAUAUUUGGAUUUAUUAGAGAAGGUAUGACUAUCUGUCUUCAAACUCUCACCUGUCUAAGGGCGACUUUGUUGAAUGUCUUCUUUAUUACAUAACAUACAAUCUCAAUUUGCGUACUGCCGCUGACUGAUGAUACUCGAAUAGCUCCUAUCUAGUUUCGUCGGAAUAUAAUGAGUCAAAUACCAUUUAAUAUCCCUGUUUAUUGCACAAAGUAUCUUUAUUCAUUUCCAUUAUGGAAAAUUGUCAUGAACAAGUGUCGCAAACGUUUGACGCCCCAUCCACACUUAUCCGGACAAAUUUAAAACGCAUCUAUUUGUCCCAUGUAGUUUAGCCGAUUGCAGUCGUGACCGAAAACUGAUCUUGUCCAAAACGGUCUAGCCUCCAAAAUGACAAAAAUUGAAAAUACUGGCCAGGCGCUGGCCAUACUGUGGACAAAGACAGUGUGGAAGGACUGGAAAACGUUCCCAUAUUAGAGGGAAAUCGUCUCAGCCGUGAAAUUAUGCCCAAAGAAUUAUAACAGACUCGCGUUUGAUGUUGCAAUAUCAAUAAGUUGUUUUGUUACAAUGUUAAUAGUUCGCGUAAAAUCAACAGCGAGUGUCAUAGAUCAACAAAACCCUUAUCACAAAGACUGAAAACACUGGUUGUGUUGGUGUAAACGCCAAAUUCGUUAAGUGAACACGUGAUCCACUAUCGAGCGAGAUUAGAAAUUUAGAAACAAAAAUAGUUUAGUUUAUUGUAUGGAUACAAGCAUGGAAAGAGAAUGUUGUUUAUAAUAUAUGUUUUAAUUAAUUUAACUCACUCGUGGUUUAUAGAGUAAAAUGUACAAUAUUAAAUUCUUUUCCUUAUAAUUAUUGUAAAUGUUUGAAAGUGUAUAUGAAUUUUAAGGGAUAAUUUACUUCUAUAAUAACAGCUAAGAAAAAGCAAUCAUGAAGUAUGUUUCGCUUUGUUCUCUUUAAACCGGUCAAUACGAUAUGGUAUUAUUUAUCUUUUAGGAAAAGCAACCCAUGUUGUUUGUGUUAGUUCAAAGAUUUCUCACCAGCUCAUCAAAAAAAAGUAUCUCAAGUCUUGUAAGAGUGCGAUUACUUUAAAUAAGGUCACCCAUGGAAAAUCUCUCCGAACUGUUCAGUGGUGUUUGAGUGUUGAAACAAUGCAAAAAACUGGCACUAAUUUGUCGCAAGAUUUAUUUUUAUCUCCCAAAGUUUGCUUUCUUUCAAUCUACGCAGAAUUUGACAGGUGGCCUUAGUUUUAAAGAAAUGGCACCACUGUAAGGGUUUUGGUUUUAUAAAGUGAUCCAUUUUAAAGUUAAUAUUCAUUUGGUCCCUCAACUUUUACUUGAAUUUUUUUCCUUUUGCUUUAGCAACUCGGUUUUCUAAAAAGAUGCAAUACCUUCACACAACAGUUCUUGAGCUUCAGAACGUUCUAACCCAUAAAAUUGUACUUAAACCAUGCGUUGUAUUGUUUGGAAGUUCAAGGAUUCAAGAAACUUCACAAAUUAACUUAAGAGCUGUAAGAUAACCUGUCUGAGUAUUAAAAUUUCCACUCAUUUA